CUUCUUCAAUCUCUCUCAUACUCUCUGGUCAGAAAUCGAAAAUGGGCAAUCUGGCGCACCUCGAGAAAAUGGGCAGAGAACUCAACUGCCCAAUCUGUUUGAGUUUGUUGAGUUCUGCUGUUUCGCUGAACUGCAACCAUGUCUUCUGCGAUGCUUGUAUUGUGAAGUCAAUGAAAUUGGCUUCUGAUUGUCCUGUUUGUAAGAUUCCAUAUCAGCGGAGAGAGGUACGCCCUGCUCCUCAUAUGGACAACCUGGUUAGUAUUUACAAAAGCAUGGAGGACGCUUCUGGUGUUAACAUAUUUAUGACUCAGAGUGCACCAUCGACUAAAUCAUCAGAUACAAAGCAGCAAGCUGAAGAUGAGAACCCUGAUGAGCAAGAUCCUCCUAAAUGUUCUCAGAAUAGAGCCGGGAACAAGAAAACAGUCAGAGGGAAAAGAUCAGCGAAAGCUAAAUCCACCCUGAAGAACUCUGAUUCUGUCUCUGUUAAACCUUCAUUUCCAACGAAGAAAAGGGUUCAGGUUCCACAAGGUCCUCUUUCAGAAACCCCUACACGCCCUAAACAGUUACUGGGUGAUUUGAUUCAUGAAAAGUCGAAGCAGGAUUCAAUGACUCUGAAGGAGAAGCCUGUUUUAAUGGAAAACGGAGAACCAGUGCUUUCACCUUUCUUUUGGUUGAGUGACAAAGAUGCUGAAAAUUUAAGUCAGCCUUCUACCAGUGAUCAGCUUAAUGACAUUCCAUCUCCAAAUGUUCCUACUUUCAGUGAUAUUAAGGACUCGGAUGAUGAAGACUGCACUAGAUUGAGCCCACUGGGUGAAGUGCAGGGGAAAUCAUCCUAUGUUGCGGACUUCUUUGAUAGUGAAAUGUUUGAAUGGACACAAAGGCCAUGCUCCCCUGAGCUCGUUGCAGGUCCUUCUAUGAAGCAGGUUGCAGAACGCAAUCAAUUUGAUAGAAUUCAAGUGAAGGAAGUACAGGAGCUAAAAGAAGCUUCACAAAAUAAGAAAAUAGGUGAACUAGCCACUGUUGUAAAAGCAAGGUCCAGAAAUUCUAGACAGAAUUGUGCAAACUUGAUCUUGUCGCCUGGUUUUCCACAUGAUAAAACUGAAGAUGCUAAUCAUCAAAUUGUUUGCACUCAAUCGAACAAGAGAGGCAGACAAGCAGGAAGUAUAAAUAAAACAAAGUUUGCUACAAGUUGUUUGGACCUGGUUGAGGAUGGUAAUGCUAGUUUGAAGGGUUCUGAAGACUCUAAUCAAGAACAUGGUUGCAAGAAUAGGGACAAUUCUGUGGCCAAGGUUGGGAAAAGUAAUAAGAAAGGUCAUCCAGCUCGGCUCGCAGCUAAACCAACAUCUGAAAGCGAUAGUACUGGUUCUGAAAGGCAGAAUCAAGGCAGUGCCGAGAAGGGGUUAACUGAAUUACCUCCUUCAUUAGAAAAGAGUGAAGGUGAUGAUGAAGCUUUUGCCCAAAAGAAGGCUAAGAAAAUCUGCACAGAGAUAAAUGUCGAGAACCAGAUGCGCCGCCCAGUAAGGUCAAAGAAACAAAAGGUGGUCUCUAUGCCUAACAUGCUUGAGGUAUCGGGAAGCAAGAAUAAGCAAGUGAAUAACACUAGUGCACCUGAUUCCUCCCAUGUAAACGUCCUCACAGAUGGUAACAUGAAAAUCUCUAAAGUCCAGAAUAAAUCCUCAAAACUUGAUAGAGAAUCCAAGUCUUGUGAUCUAGAAUUGGAUUUCAACAAAAAGUCCAAAGUUUCAUCUGGUGACAACAAGGCUAAUGAGAUAUCAGAGAUCAAGAAGCAAGCAAAUAAGAGUGCUCGAACGGAGUUGCCCCUCAUAAAUAUCCCUACAAAUGUUAACAGGGGACUUUCAGAAGUCAGAAAACGUGCUAGAGAAGUCAAGUCAUGUGAUCAAGAAUUGAAAACUACCAAAAAGGUGAAAGUAUCCUUUGAUGUCAAUUCAAAAGAUGAGGCUGCUAUUGAGAUUGGUGAGGAUUAUCAUGAUAUUACUGAAGACGGUAACCAACUCACUGAGACGAGCAAAGGCAAUCCGAAUGCUAGACUGUUUACUGACCGAUCAUCAAUGCAGAAGCUUCCUACAUUGAGGAAUGAUGUGGUUAUAAGGAGAUGUGAUGCUGUUGCUAGUAAAGUUCAAUGUGCCUUUUGUCUUUCAUCAGAAGAAUCAGAGGCAUCAGGAGAAAUAGUUCACUAUCAUAAUGGCAAGCCUGUUACUGCAGAUCACAAUGGAGGGUCCAAGGUUAUACAUUCCCAUAGGAACUGCACUGAAUGGGCUCCCAACGUAUACUUUGAAGAUGAUAUUGCUAUGAAUCUUGAAGUUGAGUUAACUAGAAGUCGUAGAAUUAAAUGUUGUUGCUGUGGAACUAAAGGAGCAUCUCUUGGGUGUUUUGAGAAGAGUUGUCGCAAGAGCUUUCAUGUCAGCUGUGCAAAGAUGACUCCUGAAUGUCGAUGGGAUACUGAUAAUUUUGUUAUGUUAUGUCCCAUUCACGCCUCUUCUAAACUGCCAAAUGAAAGUUCUGAAUCUCAAGCAAGGAAGAAGAAGAGCAACCCUACAAAGCAACCUGGUGCUGAUUAUAAUAAAGUUCAUGUUAAUCAAGAAAACAAUACCUCUCAGGAUCUGAAAUUUUGUGGGUCAUCCAAGAAGUUGGUUCUAUGUUGUUCAACUCUCACAAAUGCAGAGAGGGAAUAUGUCACAGAAUUCGAAAGAUUAUCUGGACUGACAGUUUUGAAGAAGUGGGACUUCAGUAUCACACAUGUUGUUGUGCCAACUGAUGAAAAUGGAGCAUGUAGAAGAACCCUCAAAGUAUUGAUGGGAAUCUUGGAGGGGAAGUGGAUACUGAGUAUGGGAUGGAUCAAAGCUUGCUUGGAAGCCAAGAAACUAGUGAAUGAGGAACCUUAUGAAAUUAGCAUUGACAUUUAUGGAAUCAGGGAUGGCCCUCGACUUGGUAGACUAAGACAACAGAAGAAGCAACCAAAACUUUUUGAUGGGCUCAAGUUUUACUUCAUGGGAGAUUAUGUACCUUCAUACAAGGGGUAUCUACAAGACCUUGUAGUAGCUGCUGGAGGAACUGUUUUGCAUAGAAAGCCUGUUCCAGAGAGCCAGAAAGAGUCAUCUGGAAGUCAUCUUGAAUGUCGAACCUUCAUCAUUUAUAGUCUUGAGCUACCUGAUCAAUGUCAUCCUAGUAAGAAGGGCACCAUCUACAACCAAAGGCAGGCUGAUGCAAAGUCUUUGGCAAGUUCUACUGGAGCCAAUGUAGCAAGCGAUUCAUGGAUUUUGAACUCGAUUGCUGCCUGCAAGUUACACCAUCUUUCUGAAUAGAAUAUACAUCUGCCAGAAUUAUGUACAUGUAUCAGAAUUUCUCUAACUUA